UGUUGGUUUGUGAUUAUGCGUGCGCACUACGCAGUGUCAACUGUCAAGCGACAAGCGUUGGAAGCAACAGUACUGCGUCAUCUGCUGCCGCUCUGUCCACUGUGACUUGUGGUCCAGGAAGUGCCGAUACACGCUUACAGCCUGAGAUGUCUGUAAUAAAUUUGAAUCCACAGCAGUCAGAAACCCGGCGUGUGGGCAUUCGUGACUUGCCAGAUGAGAUUUUAUUAAAGAUCUUUUCUCACAUGUCAGUCAGUGAGCUCGUAGGCACUGUACAGAAAGUGUGCUCUCGCUGGAAAGUGCUGUCACAAGCUGCACAGUUGUGGACUGAUAAGGUAUAUAGAAUCGGGACCUGGUGUCGCGUAGGCACAUGUAUCGGGAAGAGUGGAAAUCCGGACCAGGAGGUGAUAGAGAUUUUCCGCAGUGCUCCAAACUUGAGGAAGGUACAUAUUUGGCGCCCCAUCACGUACAGUGUUCUCUGUACGCUCUACACCAAUUGCCACAGACUCACUGAACUGCACUUGGAUGGCAAGCAAACACUCAGCAGCUCGGAGCUGAAGAACUUAGUUGAGCAGUGCCCCAGAAUAAAAUCGCUGAGGGUACCCUGUGAAGUGAUGAAGUCUGAGGAAUCAGUAGAGGCACUGUCUGGUUUGCAACACCUCCGUGUGCUUUGUCUGGGACAGCACGAUUCCAGCAUUGAAACCCCUCUCGUGCUGCGACCAUUGGCUUAUAGCUGCCCAGAGCUAGAAGAAAUUGACUUCAUGCAUACCUACAUCAAUGUGGAAGACCUGAAGUUCUUCCUGUAUGCCAAGAAGAACACCCUUAAGACCAUAGGCAUAAGGUGGACAUUAGCCGGUAAUAGGUGCGUCCUCCCAGUGCUUGCGUCCUAUGCUGUCAGCUUGGAAUGUUUGAGGCUUUACAAGUUCAUUGUCUCGACCGUGCCAGCGACAGAGGUGGAGAAUUUUACUGCUCUGCUGAGGAUGAAGAACUUGCAGGAACUUACAAUGACGGCCAUAGAGCCAUUUCCUGGCACAGUUGUUCUGGCAUUUAGGGACGGAGGGCUACAGAAACUGAAAGUGCUGGAUCUACAAAGUUCAAAAAAUCUGUAUAAUGAAUCAGUGAUUGGCUUCUACCGUGCAUGCCCUGUUUUACGAGAACUCAAUCUGAGUUUUGUCAGUAUGCUGUCUGAUGAUGCGUUCUUUGAGAUCUACCAUCUGGAACAUCUUGAAAAACUGGAUGUGUCAUAUUGCAGACGUCUCGGCGGAGAGCUGAUCCCUCGCCUCACAUCACUACCCCAUCUCCAUACGUUAGUGAUGAAAGGGUUGGACCUUUCACAGCUGCAACCAGGUCUGGGCAGUAUUGUGGAGUUGUCCAAUUUACGCUGUCUGACACUCAAUCAUUCCAUUGUUGCUGGCGUACCGUUUGAUAAGUUUCCGGGCAAGCUUGUCAGACUCAGGGAACUGAAUAUCAAAUGGUGUCAGGGUGUUCCUGAAGACUGGAAAAAGCUGACUGAGCAGAUGCCACAACUCAAAAUUGACACAGAGAUUGCGGCAGAACAGAAUGUUGUUCCUGGCAGUUCAGGGAGUGCCCGUGACUGGCAGUAGUGGUGAUGGGGAAAGUUAAACCUAAGUUAGAGGGAAAGAGAGAUACAGGGUGUGAUCAAGAAGUAGUAGGACUGAUUUUCUGUAUACCAGACAAACCAAUAGAGGGGGGCCAACUGGCUGGGUGUGGUGCAAGGGGCAGGCUGUGUGGCCCUUGGAGGGUGAGCACACUGUCUCACGUGAACUGCUGUGAAGUAGUGUUGCCACAACCAGUGUGCAGACUUCAACAGAACUUCUGAACUGUGGUGUUUCCAGUAUGACCUGGAGAUGAAACACAAAAGUUCAGAAUGGCAUGUUAACUUGCUUCUUCACUUCUUCAUCCAAGGAAGGCCUGGAUGAGCAAGUCCAAGGUGAAAACCAUGCUUCUGGUCUUCCUUGAUCAUUGUAGCGGCAUCAACAAGGAGUUCGUACUCCCUGGACAAACUGUGAAUGCAUAGUUUUACACAAAAGUGCUAGAGGUUGCAAAAAUGAAUCAAUGGAGCAACUGGAUAUUGCCCAUUGCUGGAAGUACCACCAUGACAAUAUGCCGUGCCACUCCAUGCUGUCGGUGCAGGAAUGAUUGGCUCAGCAAGGUGUUUGCCACCUUUCCUCGCCUGAAACAAGACGUAAAGGGGCAGCAUUUUGAUUCCAUUGAAGACGUCGAAGUGCUGUAACAAAGAUUCUUAUUGUGGAAUUGUGGUUUAUUGGUCUCAUACCAUACAUAAUCAAAAUCAUUUGACUCAUGUACAGGAGAUAUGUUAAAAGUUUGGAAACUCUGUGACUGUGAAAGUUUAUGGUAAAGACUACUACUUUCAGACAUUAUAUUUUUAAGGUUCUUAAAAGUCCUAAAAGAUGAAGCUGAAGUGUCAUUUUACAAACGCUUGACUGAAACAAUGAAAGAAGUUUUGUACCAGAGACUGAUGUUGUAUUGAAAUAACCUAAUAAAUUUCAAUUAAAAUCUGCUCGAUAUGCAAA